GCAUAAUGCACUGUACGGUCUCACAGUACAGUACUUGCAUCCACUAUGCGGCACCUUAGGCGCGGAGAAAGAGAAGGACUUCAAGGUCACCUUGUUUGCUUACUGUCCCGUAUGUUCAAUGGCGCUUUUGACUGUCUUUACAGACAAUGUUAUUCGUCAAUACAGAACGAGUAUCGUAUCAAAGGGUCUGCUAUUUCAACUGGUUGUGUUUGUGACAACUAUCGUCGUUCCGUUUUUUGUCGCCUACAGCAGCAGAGGAUUUUGGAUGAGAGAAGGAACUUAUCGAGAGCAAGCAGAUGUCACUUUCCGUCGAGAAGUUGUCCUCACACUUUCAGGAUAUCAACGGACAAGAAUUUUUUUCAGUUCGUUUUCAUCUUUCAAUCACCUACUCAGUGACCAGCUGCGAGUUCCUCUUAUUAGAUCUCGGGAAGAGGACUCAAACUUUGAUGGUCUCUCUGAUGUUCUUCACUUUUCUCUUGAAAUGCCUUUACUUCCCAAUGACGAAGUUGUGAGUGUACAGUUGCUGCUCUUCUUUGAUUACAGACUAAAGAAGUACAGUGAGCUAACCUUGCAGGGAAUGAUUAUUAUGGAUGAGUCUACUCCUAUUCAAUCUGCCAAAUUUCAUUUUUCUGGUCGCCUGAGGUUAAGACAGAGUGGGCCCUUACCAGCAUCCGGACAAGUCAAUACAUACAAUGUACAUGCCAUUAACACAACAAGCUCCUUUGCUCAGGACUAUGAUAUAACUUCUAUUGUAACUAACUAUGAGUCACGUAAUGAUACUAUUUACCUUGACUUAGCCAGUCAUGUUUGGAAGAAAGGUCAGAGCCCAAAUGGCAAGUUCAUUAUUGUGGGAACAGUGUACUAUCCAGAACAGACAAUAAGUUUUAGGCCUGGCUUCUGGGAAGUAAUCAAACAAGCUUGGAUUCAGUAUCUGGCCAUUCUGGUCAUAUUCGUAUUUGUGUUUCGCUACAUCAAAUUGUUUGUGUUUCAAAACCAAGUCAUCAAUACUACAGUGACAAGUCCAAAGUUGACUUAGCUAUGGAUGCCAAGAUACUUAUAUAUAGAAGCUCUGCUUUUAACCCAAGCUUACUUACAUAUAAUACACUUGUUUUAUAAGAGAAUGCUGACAGAGGGUACAUCAAGAGCACUUGGCUGUCAUUGUUAUAUAUAUGAAGGCAACAUCUACAAUGCAAUCUGAUUAAUGAAAGAGUAGAUACUGGAACAAUUUAGUAGACUGGCUAAUGUGUAGACACGUAACUGGGCAUUGACAAUGUGUGUGUGCAAACUGAAGAUUGAUCAAAUUGAGUGAUCAGCCUUUGCUUUGUAAAUAUUUCAUUUAUUUAUUUAUUUAUUUAUUUAUUUAUUUAUUAGUCGUGAUAGAUUUUUGUGCAAUGAAUAUUGAAA